AUGAUUACACAUGCAGAGGGAGAGAAUUUCAAAGAAUUCGAGUCAUACAGCCGACAAGUAGAAGAGUUGAAGGAAAAUGUGAAGGACAUGCUGAUGGCAUCCAAAAAGGAUACAGUGGAACAUAUUGAAUUCAUUAAUCUGUCAUGUCGGCUCGGUGUGUCAUAUCAUUUUGACGACGAGAUUGAAAACAGCCUGAAAGAAAUUUUUGAUGACCUUCCCCAUCUUCUUGAGAAGCAUGACUUCGAUCUCUACACUUUGUCACUUCUAUUUCGAGUAUUGAGACAGCAUGGAUUCAAAAUGCCUUGUGGUGAGCGCAUACUUCCAAUACUGGAUGAUGCCCUAGUUUUCACAAAGGCAAACCUGGAGUCUUUGGCUAUGCAAUCAAGCCCACGUCUAGCAGACCAUAUUAGGAAUGUUGUUGUAUGUGUCAUUAAAGCUAGGAUGAAGAAGAACGACGAGGAAGGCAAGUUGGGAGAUGAACGAUACAGGUUAGUGGCUUUCGCCAUUUUUGGACUUGUAUUGUUUCCAUCUAAAAUUGGGGUCAUUAGUCUGGAAGCCGCAAGUGUUUUCAUAGAAUACGAGCAUGACCAGAUCAAUACUUCUUUAGCAAUUUUGGCCAAAACCAUAUUUUCACUCAACCAUUGCAGAAUGAAUGGCAAGGGAGCCAUGAGAUGUAGCGUCCCUAUGUUGUAUUUAUGGAUUAUCAGUCAUAUUGAGACACCAAGGGACAUCUUUAACAACUUCUGGUGGUUUGACCUUUGA